AAGAGUUGGUGUUAUUCCAAAUGAAAGAGUUGGUGUUAUUCCAAAUGAAAGGAAAGGUGAUGAAGUUGGAGUAGUAGAAACACAACGGAUUUGAGAUUACUCAAGAUUUAAUCUCAUAUACUCCCUAAUUUUUCAUUUUUCAUUUUUCAAUUGGUCUAUGGUGACUGGUGAGGAACUAGGUGCAUUCAUGAUCAAGAAAUCAAGUUAGUCAAACCCUCAAAACCUUUUUCCAUUGUUGAAAUUAGGAUUUUUUUUUUCUUUUCUUUCUUGUUUGAUUGAUCAAACUUCCAAAUCCAUGUGAACUAUCUACUAUAAAAGCUUCCACAAUCCCAUUCCAAUGGCUUCCAAAAACAACCAAAAGUUUCCAUCUUUUUCACAAAAACCGUCUUCUUCAUCUUCAUCAUACAUCCCACUUCACAAAACCCAACUCCCACCUCAAAUGCACAACCAUUUUUCUCUUUCUUCUUCACCAUCUUCAAAAUCUCAUCACCAUAAACACCUUCUUCUCAUAAUCUCCCUAUCUCUUCUCCCUUUUCUUCUUUACAUUCUAUCUUUAUACAAUUCUCUUCAUCUUCCCCCAUCUUCUUCUUUUGGUCUUGUCAUUGACAUUUCAAGUUCUAAAUCUCAAAUCUUUGUUUUUAGAUCUUUAAAUGAAGUUUCUGGUACCCCAUUUUCUGGAGAAAGCUCCGAUAUUUUCUGGGUUAAUGCUGGAUUUUUUAAUUUUUCAGGAAAUCACGAAUUGGUGAAAAGGGUAGUGUUCAAAUUGAUUGAUUUUGCUAAGAAGAAAGUUCCUGACUUUGAGUGGAAAGAUACCAAAGUUCAGGUUUUUAUUAAUGCAGAAUUGGCGGGUAAAGUUACGGAGAGUGAGAGGGUUUUGGAUGAGUGUUGUUUGGUUUUGAGAUCAUCUGGGUUUUUGUUUAGGGAUGAUUGGGCUUCUGUUUUGAAUGGUCAGGAUGAGGGGUUUUAUUCUUGGUUGGCUGUAAAUUAUGCUUUUGGAUACCUUGGCAAUAUACCUGAAGAAACAGCUGGAGUAGUUUCACUUGGAAGAUCUGCCAUGCAGGUAACUUUUGCAAGUCUUGAGACUCCAUUAUCAGAAUCCUCUAGAGUUAUCAGGUUGGCAGGAGUUCCCUACAGUCUUUAUACUCAAGGCUUGCAGCAGUUCGGUCAGGAUGCGGUUUGGAAAUUGCUCCAUAAACAGAGUAGUCAAGAUUUGUUGUCAUCAUCACUGAACAAAGAAAGAUCUUUGCCUAAUCCUUGUUAUCCCAGAGGAUAUAAACUGACAUCACAGCAAAGUGGUGUGAAACUUGUGAACUUCUAUGCCACUGGCAACUUUUCCGCUUGUAAAACUCAACUUACUUUGUUACUGAAUGAUAGGAAAGGAAAUUGUACACAUGCACCGUGUGAGAUGGCAUCAUCCCUUUUUAGCGAGUUAGAAAGUAAACCUCAUCCUCAGCAGAAGUUCUUUCUUUCUUCUCAGCUUCGAGGUUUAGUUCCAAAGGCUUCCGUAUCAGAAUUGGAGGUGGUUGCACGUCGUUUUUGUGAGGAUGAAUGGGACAGCCUUAAAAAAGAUUAUGAUAUUGAUGAUACAGAUCUGUCAAAGAGUUGUUUCUCACAUGCAUAUAUGGUGAUCUUGCUGCGCAACAGUUUUGGCAUUCGAUUUGACGAAAAGAGAGUCGAGUUUGCUGCAGGAAGCACUCCUGUCGAUUGGAGAUUUGGAGCCUUCAUUUCUCGGACGAUCAUAGAGCCCUUUGACGAAAUUAUGGAGCACCAUGACACCCAUAUUGUGGAGAAUGAAUCUGUCACCUUCUUCUUCUUGUUUGCGGUUUUUAUCAUUUUUGUUCUUGUCGCAACCUUCUUUGUUAUGAAAUUGCGAAAACCUCAGAUGAAGACGAUUUAUGACCUCGAAAAAGGAUGCUAUAUUGUUACUCGUGUGCGUAGAUAGACACAUUUUUUCCCAUUCUUGUAAUUGUCACUCCUCUUAAGGUUUUUUUUUUUUAAUUACAAAAUAGGAUGAGAAGAGGCUAAUGAGAAUCGAAUCCAUUAUCUUAUCGGAAAAAGUGAUACUUGCUUUUCAACUACUUGUACAGUUAGCCAUUCAUAUCAAAGCGUUAAGAUCAAGAUUUAGAUUUUUGUUUCAACAUUGGACCAAAGCAUACUACUUUAUUAUGUUUUAAUAGAUGAAGCUUAGACCAUUCCCACUGCUGAAGAACUCUCACUAGUGAGGUUUCAAAAUUUUUCAUGCAUGGAAAAAAAAUUUUCCUCUCAACUUGUGGAAAUUUCAAGUAUCUGCAAAAAAUAUAUACAUAUAUUAAAUAGGUUUUAUUUUAUUUAUAAAUAUGUUUAAAAUUAAUACAAAUAUUCUAAUGUUCAUAAAAUUUUUUGCUCCAUAACUAGACACUC